AUGUGGUCACGAAGAGCCCUGUUAGAUGUAUCAAUCGAGGAUGGAUCAAUGAUUGCGUAUACCAAGCGUGCCAUCUCUUUGGGUUUUGCUGUUAUAAUUUGUAACCCGAAUGAGGUUUUCUGGUACAAGGGAAAAGGUGUGAUUAUCCUACCAAAGGCCAAUGUGGAAUUUGACUCGAUCCCAGACUGCGAAUAUAACGAAUACGUAACAACCUCGGUAAUUGACCGUGUAUUUGACUUUUUCAUGGAGAAAUUGAGCAUGCCCGAUAAUUGGCGCGAAGCCAUGAUGUUAAAUGGCGAAGAAGAAAGCGGUCUCGAACAAUUGGAUAAUAAAGCUCAAAAAUCAUUUGAAGACGAUCUAUUGGUUAAUGAUGUACAAGAUAAAAUUCAUUACUAUAUGGAAAAAAGUGAAGGUUCGAAUUCGGGUUGGGAUUAA